AUGAUCGCUUUGGAACUAUGUUGGUGGGAGCAAACGAGACUGCUUUUGGAGGAGAUAUUCAGGAAACCUCGACUGACAGGUACCUUCCCAUUCACAACUGGCUACGACAUUCGUCUAAGGCCAGCAUUGCUCGUUGCUAUUGCCAGUAUUGCAUUAAACAUUGGAGGAAUAAUUUACGCCACGGAGGUUAGAAUGAAUGUAUUCAGUAUCGAUAUACAGUUGGUCAGGAUUCUGAAGGCUUCCAUAACGACCACAUGCAACAUAUUUUCUCCACUGUGGAUGAUCAAAAAUCAUAAAUCCAUAAUAAAACUUCUGAGAAUGAUCUCUUCAGUGGAAAAGGAGCUGGACAAGGUUACACUUAAAUGGAAUCGCAAGCGACAUCGACUUCCAUUCUCCUUGGUCCCUGCAAUAGCAACAACGAUAACAAUAAUUCAGUGUCUGUGGUAUUACCAGAAUAACGAAUUCCUCACUGCAUUCUCACUUAUCAGUGUGAUCAUAUGUGCGUAUCCAGCCAUGUCUUAUGUGUGGCAGUACCUCACCCUCCACGAUGUCCUGAGGUCUCUCAUGGUCAGGAUCGGCCAACUCGAUGAUGCGGAUAGCUUCGUUAACUGCUACCAUUCUCUAGUGAAAAGAUCACUCCAAUUUGAAAGGAAAGGGGUGCAUCAUCGGAUCAAAAUGUCGAGCAUUCGUAAGAAAACGACAGCUAUAAUCGCUUUGGAACUAUGUUGGUGGGAGCAAACGAGACUACUUCUAGAGGACAUAUUCAGGAAACCUCGACUGACAGGUACCUUCCCAUUCACAACAGGAUACGACAUUCGUCUAUGGCCAGCAUUACUCGUUGCUGUUGUCAGUAUCGCAUUCAACAUUGCAGGAAUUACUUACGCCAAGCAGGUUAGAAUGAAUCUAUACAUUUUCAAUAUACAGCUUAUCAGGACUGUGAAGGCUACCAUAACCACCUCAUACAACAUAUUUUCUCCACUGUGGAUGAUCAAAAAUCAUGAAUCCAUAAUAAAACUUUUGAGAAUGAUAUCUUCAGUGGAAAAGGAGCUGGACAAAGUCUCACUUAAAUGGAAAUUUAAGCGACAUCGACUUCCGUUCUCCUUGGUCCCUGCAAUAGCAACCAUAAUAUCAAUAAUUCAGUGUCUGUGGCUGUACCAGAAUAACGAAUUCUUCACUGCAUUCUCACUUAUCAGUGUGAUAAUAUGUGCGUAUCCAGCCAUGUCUUAUGUGUGGCAGUACCUCACCCUCCACGAUGUCCUGAGGUCUCUCAUGAUCAGGAUCGGCCAACUCGAUGAUGCGGAUAGCUUCGUUUAUUGCUACCAUUCCUUAGUGGUUGCUUAUCGUGCGAUCGAUAAACUUUACGGGUUGCAGAUGAUGAUAUAUUCCAUCAUGGCGUUUCAAGCUAUUCUCCAUAGCCUACAUUUCGUCUUCUCAAACGGCGAUUUCUUUGUGAUGACUGUCUGUCAAAUCCUGUGGGCCUCUUUUUAUUCGGUCAUUGUAUUACUAAUUAUCAGAAAGUGUAACUCUUCUCUGGCGCAGGUGAGUGAGAACUUAUAA